AGCCUCGACUCCCGGGAUAAGCGUUCGCACGCAAGAGCUAGCUAGCCCUGGUACCCGGCCCGAGCCAUGAUUCCAAUUUGAAAGCCCGGGAUAUCUGAGUGCUGGCUGCCUAUAGUACAAUCUCCUCCUUAUUUCCCUCUCUCACCUGCCUUGCUUGGGGCUUGGCCGCGCCCAGGAUGGCGCCCUCGCUCGUUCGCGCGAUAUCCCUUCUCGUCGCACUCACCGCCUCUGCCCGCACCGCCCGCGGGCUCUCCAGCCCAAGCACGGACGGGCCUGCACUGGCGCAGGAAUGUUCGAUACUCUUCGCCUCGGCCCAGCACUGCGACCCAAUCGCCCCUAAGAGCUUCUUACCCGCCGAUGUCGCAGCCGCGUUGAAGGACGGGGCGCCGCACCCCCCGCCCGACCUCAGCGCCCUGGCCAACGUCCUGGAUGCCGUGCAGGUCAUGCAGACGGAGUACUUCGCGCCGUGGCUCGGCACCUGGCCCGAGUCGAUCGACUGGACGGCCGCCGUCAUGGGGACGCACGUCUCGGCCGCCGCGCGCUCGCUCUCCGAGGCCCUGCCGCACAUCGGCUCCGAGGGCGGCGUCUUCGGCUGGAAGGCGAAGGCGAACCUCGUCGACUCGUACUUCACCCAGCUUACGGCCUACUACUUCGGGCAGGACGCGUUCGCGAUCCGCAACCAGGCCUACGACGACAUGCUGUGGGUGGUGCUCGGCUGGCUUGAGACCAUCCGGCUCGUCGGCACUCACACCGACCUACACUUCGGAACGGGCGCCCCUUCGGCUCAGUCCUCCUCCUCCUCUCCCGAGAUAGAGCGCUUCUUCGCGAACCAGACGUACCACGGCAACCAGUGGGUCCCCGCGUUCGCGCACCGCGCCCGCAUAUUCUGGGACCUGGCGUCGCAGGGGUGGGACACGGAGCUCUGCGGCGGGGGCAUGAUCUGGAACCCGCGGCUGCUGCCGUACAAGAACGCGAUCACGAACGAGCUGUUCAUCGCGGGCUCAGUGGCCAUGUACCUGAGGUUUCCGGGGGACGACAACGAGUCACCGUUCGGCUUCGGCGACGGCGACGGCGGCUGGCCGCCGCGCGACGCGCGGUACCUCAAGGCGGCAGUCGAGGGCUACCGCUGGCUCGCCGCGUCGAACAUGACGGACGCGCAGGGGCUGUACACCGACGGCUUCCACAUCGGCGGGUACGGCGACCCGGACAACAACAACACGCGGUGCGACGAGCGCAACGAGGUCGUGUACACGUACAACCAGGGCGUGCUGCUGACCGGCCUGCGCGGGCUCUGGGAGGCCACCGGCGCGGCCUCGUACCUCGCCGACGGCCACGCCCUCGUCCAGAACGUCGUCGCCGCCACGGGGUACGACCUCGCCGCCGACCGCCCCCGCGACGACCACCCCCGCGACGACGACCGCCGCCGCCGCCACCACCUGCCCCGCUGGCACGGCCUCGGCCGCGCCGGCGUCAUGGAGGACCUCUGCGACGCCAGCGCCACCUGCAGCCAGGACGGCCAGACCUUCAAGGGCAUCUUCUUCCACCACCUGGCGGCGUUCUGCGAGCCGCUGACCGCGCCGCGCCGCGCCACCCCAGCCUUCGCCGCCGCCCGCUCCGCGCACGCGCGCGCCUGCGCCGCGUACGGCGGCUGGCUCGCGCACAACGCGGGGGCCGCGCUGCGGACGCGCGACGCGCGCGGGCGCUUCGGGCAGUGGUGGACGGCGGGGCUGCUGCUGGGGGCGCGCGGGCCGUGGCCCAGCCGCGCGGACGACGGGGUGCUGCGUGAUGGCCGUGGCGUCGACUACCGCAACGACGGGGUGCCGGACGACGCCGUGUGGCGCGCGGGCGCGGGGCUCGGGUCCCCGGCCGGCGACGGCGAACCGCCGGCGCAGCGGCCCCUGGGCCGCCCGACGGGGAGCGCGCCCAGGGCCGCGCGCACCCCCGCCGACGACCCGAACUCCCGCGGCCGCGGCCGCACCGUCGAGACCCAGGGCGGCGGCCUCGCGCUGCUCCGGGCGUACUGGCAGAUCGCGCACGCGCCGGCGGCGUAGGGCAGGCCCUACGCGCCCCACGAGCAGCGCUCUGGCGUGUCGGUGCCCUUGGCGAUAUACCGCGCACGGCUAGCCCGCACGCACGCCCCCUCCUAAAUGCGUCUGGGCUCGACGACGAGGCUGG